AUGACUUCGUCUGAUGCCAGAUUAGUCUACAUACAUAACCCAGAUAUAAAGAAAUGCAUUGAAUAUAGUAUCAAUUUAAUUGAUCAAGAUACCGACUUGCAGUCAUAUAACAUAGUGUAUGUCAAUUGCACUAUACCGAACGACCUAUUCAAUACUAUAAAUGCUUUGCCGAUACAGUUCAAAAAUAAUACCAAUGUUAUGAAAUCGUUUCAUUAUCACAAGGCUAAUGGCUUACAGGAUUUGCAACAUUUAAUAUCUAGUCAAAAGAGUGAUUUUAUAAUAAUAAUCGAAUCAAUAGAUCAGCUCGUCAAGUUAACGAACUUAAAUUACAUUGAGGUGAAUUCGUUAUUAAGUAGAAUAUUGCUACUGUUGAAGAGGAACAAGUUGUCCUUAUUAUUGGACAGGUAUUGUAAUAGUUAUAUAGAAUAUUUUGUUAAUGAUGUAUAUGAAGGUUAA